AUGGCUGUUUUCCACGACGAAAUAGAAAUUGAAGACUUUGCUUACGACGAAGAUACGAUGACUUACACUUAUCCUUGUCCUUGUGGUGAUCGGUUUGAAAUAACAAGAGAAAUGCUGGAGAGUGGCGAGGAUAUUGCUACAUGUCCUAGUUGUUCAUUGAUAGUUCGUGUUAUUUACGACCCGUGUCUGUUUAUGAAAGUGGAAACAAUUCCUUCAUCAAAUGAAGUACAAGAGGCAGUCAAAAGUAGUUGA